AGGUUUUUAUACACACAGUAAUUGGGCUUUCGCUGAUGUGUGCGUCCUGUAGCCUUGCAACAUGGUGCGUACAGUUCGAACGUGUAGAGGAACGGGCCAGAGGAGUCUGUCUUCUCCUGCACGGGUCCCUAUUCUACUCUGCUGUGCUCUUUGCCUGUUCUUUGUGCCAUCCAGCGGAGCGUGCAAGCAAAGCCAUCCGCGCCUGAGGUUCUCCUAUAAAGACCUGCUGAUGAACCGGAGCUGUAACCCAUUCCAGGGCUCAUCAGAGAGCACGAGCUUCCAGUCCCUGAUACUUGACGAGGAACGCAGGAAGCUAAUGAUCGGGGGAAGAGAUUGGAUUUACCUUUUAAACCUGGAAAACGUGAACAAAAAUCCGGAAAAGAUUUACUGGCCUGCAGCGAAGGAACGAGUGGAACUGUGUAAACAGACUGGCAAAAAGGAAGCAGAGUGUGCGAAUUUCAUCCGAGUGAUACACAAUUUCAACAAAACACACGUUUACGUAUGUGGGACUGGAGCAUUCCACCCUGUGUGUGGGUUCAUUGACCUGGGACUCCCUACAGAGGUGCUUUCAUGGAAGUUUGACAAUAAAGCUCUGGAUUCGGGAAAAUUGAAGUGCCCGUUUGAUCCUAAUCAACCUUUCGCAUCAGCACUAAUAGAUGACCACUUGUAUGCCGGGACGUCCUCUGAUUUUCUCGGGAGAGACACAGCUCUGUUCCGCUCGCCCAUGCGUCACUUGGAAAACCAGUACAUCCGCACGGAGCACAACAAUCCAUUUUGGCUGAGCGAGGCUAAGUUUGUCGGUAUGUACCCUCUCCCUGACACCUCCGAUCCAGAUGACGAUAAAAUAUACAUUUUCCUACGAGAGACGGCACUGGAUACCUUGAGCUCUGAGAAAGUUAUUCACUCCCGUGUUGCCCGAGUCUGUAAGAAAGACGUAGGAGGCCAAAGGAGUUUGAUCAACAAGUGGACGACGUUUCUGAAAGCUCGUCUGGUCUGCUCGGUUCCGGGACCCGAUGGUUAUCAGACUUACUUUGACGAGCUGCAGGAUGUUUUCCUGCUCAGUACAAAUGAUGGAAAUCCCCCAGUGGUUUAUGGGCUCUUCACAUCUUCAAGUUCAGUUUUCAGUGGGUCUGCAGUGUGCACAUACAGUCUGGCUGAUAUCCGUGCUGCGUUUAAUGGACCUUUCAAGCAUAAAGAUAGCCCUGACCGCUACUGGGUGGCGUAUCAGGGGAAGAUUCCUUAUCCACGACCUGGAACGUGUCCCAGCAAAUCAUUUGAUCCUAUGAUUGAGUCGACCAAAGAUUUCUCGGACGACGUGAUCGGUUUCAUUAAGAAUCACCCGAUGAUGUACAAAACUGUGCAUCCAAUAAACAAGGCACCUGUUUUCAUCCAAGUCAAUGCCGGUUACAGAAUCACACAGAUUGUGGCAGAUCACGUCAUUGCAAAAGAUGGACCGUAUGCUGUCCUCUUUCUGGGCACAGAUGUUGGAACGGUAAUAAAAGCCUUGAGUGUUACCAAAGACAACUUUAGUGCCGACGAAGUUGUGCUUGAGGAACUACAAGUCUUUGAGGAAUCUUCUCCGAUAUUAACGAUGGAAUUAUCGUCAAAGCAGAAACAACUUUACAUUGGAUCAAAGGAUGGCAUAGUACAGCUUGCCCUGGAGAGGUGCAAUACCUAUGGCACCUCUUGCUCUCAAUGCUGCCUUGCCAGAGACCCCUAUUGUGCUUGGGAUGGAACCUUGUGCAGUAGAUAUACGCCAGCGCCCAAGAGAGAAACCAGGCGUCAAGAUGUAAAGUACGGGGACCCAAAAACUCAGUGCUGGGAUCAAGAGGACUAUACGAGGCACCCGCUGACUGAGAAGAAGCUGAUUUUCGGGAUGGAGAAUAAUUCCACGUUCUUGGAAUGCGUUCCUAGGUCCCCGCAAACGUCUAUCGCCUGGUUCAUUCAGCGAUCGCUGGACGAUCAACAAGUGGAGAUUAGAGAUGCUCCCAGAAUGAUCAAGACAAGACUUGGGCUACUCUUACGCAAUUUGCAGCAAGUCGAUGCUGGAAUAUACUACUGCAAAGCAGUGGAAAACACAUUUACACAGAUCAUCGCAACGUUUCACCUUAAAAUUAUACUGAGUGACUUGAUGGUAGCUCCCUUGAGGGCAGAGCCCAGCGAGGGAAAGGGCAAAGACACUCGGAACGGAACACGACUGCGUUACAAGAACUUGCUGAAACUAUUAAAUAAGCCGGGCGCAACUGUAAAUGAAUACUGCGAGCAGGUAUGGCGGAAUGGAAAGAGAGGACAAAAUGGAAAAACCGCAGCCAAAUGGAAAAGCACAAGAGAAUUUAAGAGAUACUAGACUUGGGACAGCCUAUAAUUGUCACUUAUCUUCCUUUGGGCAAAACAUUCCAAUAAAAGCUAUUCACUAGACUGUUGCUUCAGAUCAACAGUGGGACCACCUAACUAGGUUUUGCCUCAGGUAUAUUAUUACUGACUGGAAAAAAAAACCUACUGGAUGAAAAAGCUAACAAGCGUGUAUAAUGAGUAUGACUAUGCACAGGUACAUUUCUAUCAUUUAGCAUUAGAUAUUGUUUUAAAAGGGCAGUAUGCUCUUAAGAGGGAAUGUUCGUGUGAGAAAGCGCUCGCUCCACGGGGUUGAGAGGAAAAUUGUGGGCACCGGAAAAAUUGUUCUUGAACGUGUAAGGAGACAAUCGUAAUGUUUGCUCAGUGGAAGCCUGCAUGGUUACUCAUCACGUCUGAUCAGAAAGGUGCACAGCAAUGUAUAUGUGAGGUUUAUCAGCAUGCGGAGGUCACCAGCUAUUGGUGGACAUCUCCUCAGAUCUUGGGUGACAUUGUCAGACUGCUGCGAGUUUAGUCCCACUUGAAUCUCAACCAACGCAUACUAGCCCUCCUUGUUAUUGGUUUAAUUAGACAUGUAAUAGAUUCCCUGCCAUUGCAGGCGAGAGACCGAAUCAACUGCAUUGGAGUCUGCUGUGGAAUUCAUUUUAAUAAGCAAAAAGCAUAUGUUAUUCAAUCACAAAUAAGACACGUUGCUCCUUUUAAACAUAUACUGACUGGUGUGCAAAGUAAUUUCUAAAUAGCCUUAUAUAGUUAUGUUAAGCGCAUAGCCGAUCUGUCUGUAAAAUGCAGCGUCUGAAUAUACAUUACACCUUCACCUUACUAUUUCCUACGCAUAUUAUUCAAAGGAAUAGUCUGAUGUAGAGUGUUUUGACUCCUGGGUCAACAGGAUGCUGGUCUGUAAAUGCUUUAAGCACACACCAUAAUAUCCAAACACUGGUCUGAACUAAUAAUUUUCCUUGCUCUGUAGAAAAAGGGAACCUCCAGCCUUGACUCUGAAAUGUAAUUAUGUUGUAUCCUCUGAUCUGUUAGUGUUUGUAAUUUGGCUCUCUUUAUAUUUACAUCUUAACUUUCUGACCACGUGCUUGGAUAAUAGUCGCACUUUUUAUUAGACCUCGAAAGCCUAAAAUGUGACAUAGUAGUUUUAAUAAUAAUCCUUGAAUUUGAUACAGCGCCUUAGCAAGUC